AUGCCAUGCCGACGGAAUGAAGCACAAGGGAUAUUGCCAGGUUGCGCAAGCCUAGACUGGAGCAGUUGGGAGGCUGAGGUCGGGUUCGAACCACGGACCUUCCGGUCCGACUCGAAUUCUGGCCUGGUUGUCGAAGCUAGGACGUCGGCACACUUCCUAAUUCACUUCUAUGAGUUCUUCGGCAACGGACGACACUUAUUGAAUCGACGUCGCUCAAAAGCGCGUACGAGAUGGACCAAGUGGUUAGAGCGCCAAUUUACCGACCGGAAGGUCCGUGGUUCGAACCUGACCUCUGCCCCUCGACUUCUCCCCUCUAGGCUUGGGCGACCUGGCAGUAGCCCAGCCCUCGUGCCUCCUUCGUGUGGCAUGGCAGCUAGGCACCGAAAGAGUGCUACAGCUGAACGAUCUCGGUUACUAAAAGCACGGACUGAUGGGAUAGGAAUAACUCCCAUACUUUUCGUGUCAGAUGACGUGUUGGAAUCCCGGUAUGAUCAGUGGUAUGCGGUUCACACUAGGAUGUCCUGCGUUUACCCACUUGCUGUCUCAGAUUGUAUUUCGCUAGCAAGUGAGCUGCACUCACAAGUCGUUGCCGAUGCCGAGUUUGGCCCCGGGCAUAAAGCUGCUCAAUCGGUACAUUCCAUCAUGGACAGAUCAAGGGUUUGUUCUACAUUUCACCCAAUAAAAGGACAAGCUUUUGUUUUUCUCGCCACUUUUUUAAUAUACACCUGCUACCAUCUUUCACGUAAACCGAUUAGCGUGGUCAAGUCAGUGCUACAUGCCAACUGUUCGGAGAUUGCUGAUGAAACCCACGUACCUAUCGUAGCGGAAAAUUCGACAUUUUGCGACUGGAAGCCUUUUGAUGGGGACAAUUAUGACUCGUUAUUUGGCACGUUGGACCUCGUCUUUCUGUCGGCAUAUUCCGUGAGCAUGUUCGUAAGUGGCCAUGUGGCAGAUCAUUUCCACUUGAGACACUUCCUGACGGUCGGUUCGGUGCUCACUGGUUUGGCAACCAUUGCUUUUGGUCUUGGCUUCUUCCUCAACAUUCAUUCGUACGCUUUCUACUUGAUUGUUCAGUUACUCGGCGGUAUCUUACAGGCCACUGGCUGGCCUGCCGUGGUCGCCUGUAUGGGCAAUUGGUUCGGUAAAUCUCGGCUUGGGCAACCUGACAGUAUCCCAGCCCUCGUGCUUCCUUCGGGUGGCAUGGCAGCUAGGCACCAAAAGGGCGCUACGGCUGAACGUUUAUUAUUUUAUUUAGCUAGUCGGACAUCCCGAUUGCGCUUCAUGCUAACUGAUCAGCAUAGUGAGCUUUGCAAUGCAAGGGCUUUUCCCGUUCUGCAGCGGCGCGGUUUCUUUAUGGGCGUGUGGACGUCUCACGCAAGUCUGGGCAACAUUUUGGGUUCGCUAAUCGCUGGAGUAUUUGUUACAACGCAGUGGGGAUGGUCGUUUGUAGUUCCCGGCCUGAUGAUUUGUGCCGUGGGCAUCCUAACUUUCUUUUUCCUUGUUCCAUAUCCUGAGGAAGUUGGACUUGAGUCCCCAUCUCGGGCACCAAUAGUGAAACUGUUUGACUACUCAGCACAGUCGGACCAAGUCGAAGAACCUCAGGGGUCAACGGAGGACAUGGAGCACGCGACUCUCCGUUGUCGGUUUUCCUCUCGCGAUAAUCUUCCCGAACUAUCAGAAGCCGGCAGCUCAACACAGUUGACCGGGGGCGCACCAUCCGUGGAAAAACAUGCCGUGUCGUUUUGGUCCGCACUACGCGUACCUGGUGUGGUUGAAUACUCGUUCUGUCUGUUCUUCUCCAAACUCGUUUCCUACACUUUCCUAUUCUGGCUACCCAACUACAUUAGGGAAGCAGGCGGAUUCAACCCCACAGAUGCGGCUGAUUUAUCCACAAUUUUCGAUGUGGGCGGCAUCAUAGGUGGCAUUUUGGCCGGUGCGGUGUCCGAUCACACGGGUGCCAGUGCGACGGUUUGCGUGAUCAUGCUGGUGUUCAGCGUUCCAAUGUUAUAUCUCUACUUUUUGUAUGGGGCAGUCUCGGUACUCAGCUGCAGCUUGUUACUCCUUCCUCUCGGUCUACUGGUUAAUGGGCCCUAUGCUUUGAUCACCACUGCUGUCUCGGCCGAUUUGGGGACGCAUCCGUCGUUACAGUCGGACGCUCGGGCACUCGCCACAGUUGCAGGAAUUAUUGACGGAACUGGAUCUGUGGGUUCAGCUCUUGGUCCGCUAUUAUGCGGUCUUCUCAAGUCUCACGGGUGGGGUGCUGUGAUUGCAAUGCUCAUGACUGCGCUAGCCCUCGCUGCUGUCCUUCUUACGCGCCGGGUUUGUGUGGAGGUCGGUCUUUGCGUUCGCACCCGACGCCGACCACUUCUUCUGGAGGAACCUAUCGCCUGACUAUGUAGGCUUGCCUCCUGGUCCUAUUACCGUAAUAGAUAUUUUUCCUUUACCUCUGGGGCUUUCAUCUCACCUUAGUGGAGCUGAGUGGCUACCGGCCCUAUCCGCUCCAUAACGCUCUUUGUUUCAUCUGUCUUUUGUUUUCCCUUCUCUGCUUUUGACUUCAUUCUUCUGAAUUCCGCAGUGUUGUUCUGCUUCACUCUUGCUGCUCAAUGUUUUUUUUCGUAUCGCACUCCGUUCAUGCCAUCUGGAACUACUGUCCCGCGAGUUUUCUCGUUCGAUUUCAGCUUACAUUUGACCGACAUUUGGCUGACACGUUGGAUACUCUGUGCCUAUUAAGACAAACGAUGUUACGCUCAGCA